UCAAGACUUAGGAUCAUCGCGUCGGGAAUAAAUAUUAAAAACGAAAAGAUGACGCAAAAUCCGAUCAUCAGCUUCGAUUACAAAGGGCUCGUCGUACCUGUGUUUACUCCCUUUAACGCUGAUGAAGAACGGAGUUUGAAUUUAAAGAUUAUCCCCGAGUACGCGAGAUUCCUCGAGUCCAAAAAUAUUAAAGGAAUAUUAGUCAACGGGACUACCGGGGAAGGAACGUCACUCACCGUGAGCGAAAGAAAAGAGGUGGCCGAAACUUGGGCUGCUGCCGUCAGGGAGACAAAACAAUUGUUGAUGAUACAAGUUGGAGGAUUAGCUUUAAAAGAUGUCAAAGAACUCUCAAUUCAUGCGGAAAAAUUGGGUGCUGAUGCAAUUUUGUGCCUACCCGAGAUGUAUUUGAAACCAAGAACGGUAGAUGAAGUGGUCGACUACUUGAAGAUAGUCGGUGAAUCUGCUCCAAACACGCCCCUGUUUUAUUACGAUUUUCCCAGAGCUACAAGCGUAAACAUUGACAUGGGACGCUUUUUUGAACUUGUCGGCGAAAUGGUACCGACGUUUUUCGGAGUCAAGACCGAUUUAGAUCGAGCCCUACAAGCAAAGCAAAUCAACGAUAAUCACACGAUAUUCGUUGCCGGAGACAUGACAAUGAUAGGAUCAUGUGCAGCAGGAAUGGAAUCGUACAUUAUGACGAGCCUCAAUUUCAUGACGGAAUCGGCCUUCGAUUUGCUCGAGUUUGGAAAGGGCAAUGUCGACUUGCCAACAGCGCAAAAGAGACAAGAGUACAUUAGUCGGAAUAUCAGGGAAAUUACACGUUAUGGUUCUUGGGUAGAGACCAUGAAAAUUGCCAUGAGUCUGACGACGAAAUUUUUCAUGGGACCCCCUAGAGCUCCGCUUAAGCUUCUAUCAAAAGAAGAUGCAGAGUCGAUGGCUCGAGGCUUAAGAAAAAUCGGAACGAAGACUGACACGACUGCGUUGAUUGAAAUGUACUCAAAUUUAUAAUUUUUUUGGUUAUUCGCUAUUUAUUAGCUCAACGGAUGGAUUUAUUGCGUAAUGACACUGUUGCUUUUUUUAGCGUCAUUCAUAAUCAACAGUUUACAAAAAUAACAGGAAAACUUGAAAUUUGUGAAAUAAUAAAUAUCGACUCGUUAAUUAUCAAAACAAUACAAUUAACAUUGACAUAAAAUCUAAAAAAAUGUGUCUUAAUAUUACUCUAUGUUUUACCAUGUACUCGUAGAUAUUGGCACAAUUGUCGCUAAAAAAAAAAAAAGUUAAAAAAUUAAUGUGAUAAAACUAUUUACAUUGCUGAAUUUUGUUUUUCAUGCUACUCUGAUAAAAUUGCACAUUUAUAACUUAAACAAAAGCCU